UUGGCUUGGAGAGAGAGAGGGGGGCCUUGAUUCUUAGUUUUCUCACUUCCCAUCCCUCAGUUGAUAGUGAGAGUGAGAGAUGGAUGGUGUUUCUUCAGUGUCGGAGUGAGUCUUCAUAUUGAUCCGCACAUUCAACCAACUAAUUAGUGACAACAAUGACCAGUGCUCCAAUAGUGAACAGCAGACGCAACUGUUAGAUUCCUCCAAGACCGCAUUGCUUGUUGAUUCAAAAUGAUAAAUUUGAUCAGCCAUUGCUGGAUUCUACUCCUUCUUCCAAUCACGGUCAUUGCCUCGCGGAACCGAUUCUCCAAGUGGUCCACGUGGUCGCCGUGUUCCCGAAGUUGUGACGGAGGGAUCGCAACUCGCCAACGAACCUGUCGCGAGACUCAGUGCGAAGGACUUACUCAUGAGGAUAAAAUAUGCAACAUCCAACCCUGUCCAGCCAACUUGCUGAGCUUGGGCUCGGAUUUCAGGGAUCAGCAAUGUGCCCUGUACAACGAUGUACCCUACGAGGGUCAAAACUAUCUGUGGGAAGCUGCAGCAGACGAGAAUAUGGCCGAACACGAGUUGUGCCAACUCCAUUGCCGUGCCUCGCAAAACCCGGAUCUGGCCGUGAAAAUGGACCGGGAAGCCGUGGAUGGAACACGAUGUCGAAUGAACACUCUGGAUAUGUGCAUUCGGGGAGAAUGUCGGAGGGUGGGAUGUGAUCUCCAACUUGAUUCCGAUCUGAAAGUGGAUCAAUGUGGAACUUGCGGUGGCAAUGGAACCGGAUGUCCCAACGCCAUCUUCGCCUGGGAAGAGGCUCCAUUGUCCAGGUGUUCGGUCCCUUGUGGAGGGGGCUACAUGAUGGCCCAUUUUGUGUGCUUGAACAACCAGACCAAGGUCCAGGUUCACGACGACCUCUGCAACAAGGCCACACAACCCCCAUCCAGAAUGGCUCCUUGUAAUAAUCGCCCUUGUCCAGCCAGAUGGGAGGUUACUGACUGGAGCGAAUGCAGCAAAUCCUGUGGUGGAGGUGUUCGAACCAGGGACGUGGCAUGCAUCAUAGACAAGGAUGGAAAGAAGAUCAAGGUGGUCAAUGAUAAAUGUCCCAAUUUGGAACCACCGUCCAAGGAGGGAUGCAAUAUGGAGGAAUGUCCGCAAUGGUACACGGGAAUUUGGUCUGAGUGCAGCGUUCAAUGCGGUCGACGAGGCUUGCAACAUCGCAACGUGAUUUGUCGAGACGUCAGAGGAUUUCCCAGCGGGGCCUGCAACACUCGAGGCAAGCCCCCCGUUAGUCAACCUUGUCGAGGGCCUGGAUAUGGGAAACCUGAUUGCAGGGAGGAAGAGGAAGGGGCCCGCUGGAAGAAAUCACAGGUUGACUCGUCGAAAAGCGACCAAACGCCCACAGGUUGGAAGAAGAUCCAAGGAUUCCAUGUCGAGCCUCCAUUGCCGCGUCAACCUCUGGAGACGGACAAGCCAGGAUCUGGUGGGCCCGAUUUGCCAACCAUGACUCCCCCCGGCCAAAGUCCAUUACUUCCACAGAGGUUGAUCGAUUCCGUUCCAACUGAAGUGACCACAGAAGCGAGUUUCAUUGUGGAAGAUUGGGGUCCAUGUAGUGCCUUGUGUGGUGAAGGCUUUAGGAAAAGAAAAGUCGAAUGCAAGAUCUUCCUGGAGUUUUCCAAGACCGUGGCAACAUUGCCGGAUCACAAGUGUCCAGGGCCAAAGCCGAUGGAAACGGAAAUUUGCUUCGCUGGCCUUUGCGAUUUCGUGGACCAAUCUCAGGGGUUGUCCACACCAAGUGCAACUACUAAUUCGAAGAAUCCCUCUUCCGACAUCCAAAGUGAUCAUUUCCAAGAGCUCGAGCAUCCCCUUCCGGCCUUAGCUCUUAAAAUAGAACGGAAGAUCUCGUAUCGGUGGAAAGAGGGCGGGUUUACGACAUGUUCUGAAUCCUGUUUAGGAGGUAUUCAAGAGACCAAGAUACUUUGUGUGGAUGACUCUUUAGAGACAGCAGUCUCGCAAGUCAACUGUAAGCUGUCCGAGCGGCCGGAGGUCAGAGUUCAAACAUGCAACGAUCACCCAUGUCCUCCUCGAUGGAACGUGUCCGACUUCAGUGACUGCUCCAAAUCCUGCGGAGGUGGGAUCCAAACCCGUACAGUGACGUGCAUCCAAGAAGUUCGUCAUGGAAAGGACAACAUUCUUCGAGUGGACGACAGUUUCUGUCCUCAGCCUCCUCCCAUCACUCAGCAGUUUUGCAACGUCAUUGAUUGCCCAAUCAACUGGAACGCAUCGCCAUGGACCAAAUGCUCCAAGAAGUGUGGAUCGGGCACCAUGUACAGAAAAGUUCGGUGUCAACAAUUGUUGGCCUUAGGCGAGAUCGCCAACAAACCCGAAGAUGAAUGUCCCAGACCCAGACCUAAGUCAGAGAAGACCUGCUACGACCGGGCUUGUACCAGUUACGACUACGAGCCAUCCAGGCACAUCUUCCGUAGCAACGAUAACGAGGAUGACAUUGGAUCCAAGUCGAAGACCAUUUUGCCCACCAUCAAGGCCAAUUUCUAUCAAGCAUAUGUCCAGGAACCUGGGAAGAAGACGGUUCAACUAAAGGUCGGCGGACACGCGACCGUAUACGAGGGAACCAAAGUCAAAAUUGCAUGUCCUGUCAAAAAGUUCAACAAGUCCAUGCUGAAAUGGUUCAAAGGGGAUCAGAUGAUCGAGCAAGGUGGAUCAAGCAGGAGGGUGAAAAAAGGCAAACAUUUGGGCGGCUCCUCGAAGAGACGCAGAGUGAACCGAAAACGCGUGUUCGUAACCAAAAAGGGCUCCCUCCGGAUCAAGCGCAUUUCAUAUGCAGAUGCUGGAACAUACUCGUGCAUGGCCAAACAAGCGACGGCAUCCAUUGACAUCGAAGUCAAAGCGCCAUUCGGAACAGAAAUCCAGAUCCCUGACCCAAACAAUUUCUACGAUCCAUUGAGGGCCAUUAACAAAUACAACAAGGAGCGAGGCCAGGAGAACGCUUGGGAUUCCUCGUCUCAAGCUGACAACCAAGUUUACUCUCAAAACACGGCCGUAAAGGAUGAGCAUGGUUUGCCAGAUGGAAGUGGGCUCUAUGGGGUUGUCAAGCAUAUGACCGACCAGCCAUAUAGCUUCGAUGAGUUUAGCUAUGGGAAGAUAUCUCCGUUACCCGGUGGGUCGGGAACAAGCACGAUGGCUCCUUGGACGCAAGAAGAGCAAUGGAAGAUUUUCUCUCGGAAGAGCAGCGACAACCAUCGGAUGUUGAUCCCGAUCCAGGAGCAUACCGAUAAGGCCACCACUUCGCCCACUGUUGAAGGAUACAUGAGGUUCAAUACGGUGGAAACCAAUUCCAAGGUCACUGAGCCCAAGAUUGAUGGAGGACGAUGGCCGAUUCAAGGAUCGCGCUUUAAUGACGACGCGUACUUUGAAUUGGAUAGCAGUAGCACGUUUUGGGACGAUCUGGAUCAUUUGGAUCCCACUCACAAUCAGAUGGAUAAUGCCAUUAACCCGUUUGAACACACUUCGGUGUCGCUUUCGUCCUCCUCUUCGGACUCGACUCAGAAUAAUCGGUCCACUCACAUUCUCUCACAAGUCUUGGUUGUCCUCUGUCUGGUGUUGGGAAAGUCUCUAACGAUAAUGAACCAAAAACGACAUCUCGAUAAUAACCCAGAAGAAAAAGCUGGGACAAAAGACGCACAAAAGGAUCCAGGGACAACGGGAAGUGAGGAGAACCCAGAUUCCAGCGGCAGCCAACUUGAAGAAAAGAAGGACCCAGAGGAUCCGACGAAUGAUAAUAGUGGAACCAAAGUGGAAUAUAGAACAGACAAUGAGGAAGAGGGUGAUAACAGCGACAGACCCAUCAAGCUAGAUUGGAAGAUAGGCGAAUGGUCCAGGUGUUCCCAAACCUGCGGAGGAGGGGGAAUACAGGUCCGGGAAUUGAAUUGCCUGGUCGUCAUGAGCGACAAUUCCACCGAGGUCAUUCCGGCCAGUCUUUGCAUUGAUGCAGGAAUGCCAGAACCUCCUCGAAAUCAGAGUUGUGGCCAACAAAAGUGCCCUCAGUGGAUUAGCCAACAAUGGAACAAAUGUCGCGAGUCCGACUGCGUUGCCAAGAACACAGCUCUUCAAAAGAGGGAUGUAUUUUGCGGAUUGGAGGACUCUUCUGCUCCAGCAUUGGAAGAUAGAUACUGUGAGGCCAUUCUUAAGCCACCCACAUCUAGACAGUGCUUCACCCGAGUGUGCAAAACGACUUGGAUCACGUCCGACUGGUCAGAGGUAAGUGCCAAAGCAAAGCUCUCGACUUCAUUCCUGCCGAUCUGGGCAGCCAGACCAUUUCCUGAAUUAUUAAUUAAUCUCCAUGUCUGUUUGGUCUGUCUGGAAGUUGAACCCCAAACAGAGUUUCAUGCAAUCAACUUUGGAUCUUUUCAUUUCCAGUGUUCCCAAUCUUGUGACGACGGGGUUCAAACAAGAGAAGUUACAUGUAUUUGGAGAAGAUUCGACCCCGGGUGGAAAAAGAAUUCAGAGCCCUAUACAUCCUGGAAGGUCUUGAAAUCACGUGGAAUUUCUGGUUCAUUUUGUACGGAUCUUAAGAAACCUCGUGGGUCACGGAAGUGCAAGAAGACGUCAUGCACUGGAACCUCCGAUAAAUUCGUUUCCAACUCGAUACAGGAUACAGCCCAACGAUCACAGAAGGUCUGCGAUGACCAAUCGCAAUAUUGUGGAUUGGUCCAUUCCUUUAAGAUGUGCCAUAUCGAGAAGUACCAAGUUCAAUGUUGCCGCACAUGUACCACUUGAGGACACCACGUCCACUGUUGCUAUAUGAAGACAUUCAAACAUGCCAGAUCUCCAGAACUAUUUUCCACGAGUUAAUCAUCUAGCCUAUUUCUCCUGCAAGGCGUCUCUUUCGUCGGCUGUGACUAUCAAGUUAAAAACGAAAACAUACACAAAAGUAAUUCAUUUUUAAGCCAGUACAACAACGCGCUCUCAAUAAGCUUGUGCUCUUUCUUUGAUUAUGCUUCAGGGCUAACUUAAAAAGUUACGCAGUAUUUAAGAGCAUUUUAACCCUCAAACUGCAGUGACUUUUCUUCUGACGUCUACUACCCCACCACUAUUACUACUUAUGUCUAAUACUAUGAUGUUGUUCAUUCAUAUGAAAUAUAUUUGGUGUAAAACAUUUCAAUCUCGACGGCACAUCAAUAACGUGUGUUAAGAAGAUUUUUAUUAAGCAAAAUCAUUCUCAAAUUUAGUAUAAUGUGGAAUUAUACGAAUCUCUUUACAAAAGCAAGAAAAUUGUACUAAAACAAUGAAAGAGGUCGUUUAGCUUAAACAUGUACUAAACUAUACAAUUAAAUAGACAGGCACACCAAAUAAUUGGAUUUAAACAUUAGGGGCUUUCAAAUAUACUUUGAUAAUUGAGGAGUUAAGCCAGAAGCUAUCACAAAAGAGACAUACAAAAUAUGGUUCUCUUGACCUCACUACUAUUGGUGGUGCUAUUAGUGACAGUGAUUUUUAAAAAUUGACCGCUUUUUUUGCAAAUAGUUACAGAAUGAGGGAGAUGUUUUCUUUUUUAAAUCUAAAUUGAAACCAUGAGGCCAUCAAAAGUUUCAUGGGGAAACAACACCACCACAGUGUAAUGAUCUCUGGA